GCUGAGGAGGAGGCCGAGGAGGAGGCCGAGGAGGAGGCCGAGGAGGCUGCCAGCAGCGAGGGCGCGCCCUCUGCCAACAGCUCGGGUGCCGAGUGGGAGCGCGUCAGCAACAACGCCUAAGUUUGCGCGCUUGGCGUGAGCGAGGCGGAGGAAGAGGAGGCGUAGCGAAACGUAGCCCACAGCUACGUCGGAGGAAAGGUGACGAAGCGUCUGCCCACGGCUUUCGCUGUCGUUGCUCUCGAGUUGCGAGGGGCGUUGUUGUCGCCGCGCGCGCUCUGUUGCAUCCAUUGCCGUGUACAUGGCAAGCGGGUGGAGCUAGACCUAGUAUCACACUGCUCAUAUGUAUCCGCUGUCUGCAGAGGGCGACCUGGCCCUCGGCCUCCUCUGUCUCAAGGUGACAAUCCCGCGCGACCUCGACCCAAGGCAGCAGCAAUCCCGCUGGGGCCUGUUUGGUGGUGAUCACCGACCACCAAAGCUCAGAUCCAUCCCCGCGCUCUACUCGCUCUCGGGGGUGCCGACGCUGCUCGGCUCGCCCAGACCCCCGCAGCGCCUCGCCGCCGCCGUCGCCCUGCUCAACCUCAAGCCGUCGGCAUAUCCGCCGAUCGCGCUCGGCCCGACCAGCCAGCGCCCCGUCGUCGACGUGUCGGCCACCACGGGCCAGGUGUACGUCGUGUUAGAGGAGAGCAACAGCCCGCCCCGCCGCUCUGCUCCUCCCGCCGGCACGCCUGGGAGCCCCGCGACGACCGCCGCCCGCAGCGAGUGGCUCAUCAUCAUGGAGGUCGAGCUGCCAAUUCAAGUGGUCAAGCACCCGAGCGGCACCGACGAGGCGUUCCAGGUGUCGUUAUCACUUCCCCGCUGCCUGGACAACACGAUCUCGUUCCAGGUCGUGCCCCGCGACCCUCUCUCGGACAGGGUGGAGAUCGCAUCUGUUCCGCCGGUUAUCUCGAGCCAAGCGUCGACCGUCAAGCGUGGCUAUAGGAGGUCGUCUGUCCAGUCUGGGAUCGAGGACGGCUGGGAAGACGGCGAGGUGCCUGGAGUCUUGGACGCUUUGAGUGACGACUCGGAGUCUGACUACGAGGCCAAGGGCAACCAGUUUGACGGGCGCUUCCAGAGCACGGACUUGCUGCAACUCGAAUGGCGCUUCCUUCCUUCUGUCGGCUCGCCACCAAAUCUCCGCAUCGUGCCGCAGUGGGACAGCCACCGGCCGCUGAUUUCAAUGGCGUUCCGCGCAACGCUCCCUGCCACGCCGGGGCCUGUGGUUCUUGAGUCGGUACUGCCGCCUGGAUGGGGCUGGAGCGAGCUCGAGAUCACCGGCGAGGGGCUGCUCUCGUGGCGGUCGACUGACGGCGAGGGCUGGAUCGUGUUAGAGUCAGGGAGCACUGUCGACCCAGACGAGUCGACCGCGACCAUCGACGCCCAGCAGCGGACCCCACUGAGACAGACGGGGUUACCUCCUGGUCUCGACUCUGCCGACUUCAGCUUCGAACUUAACAGUUUUGACUCGCCAUCGCCACGAAAGCCUGUUACACCAGGGCGCCGCCGGCCACCCUCGUCGGAGCGCGCAGCUCCAGAGCUUCAUCGGGUUGUACCGCGCUCGCCGACACCCGCAUCCGUGUUCCAGCUGGAGUUUAUGGCCCCAGAAGACGAUGGCGACGAGCGCACAAUCGACUUUGAGGGCUCGAUUGCCCCUCUCAAUCUGACGCUCGUGUCCCCAGGUGCGCAGGUGCAGAUCCCAUUUGUGCGCUUUGACGAUCUAUCGUUCCCGACAAAGUGUACCGUAACUUGCCCUCAAGCUUCCUUCGUCACCAACGACGCCAAGCCCGAUCAACACACCUCCUCGGCGUCAUCCGAAACCACACAGACUUGCGACGCGACCCUGCCGUCGAUCGGUGUCUUCAACUGGACCCAGGACGGCCAGCCCCUUCCAGUUCCCUCACCUGUGACAAUCCCCGGGCCUGUGCAGGUCACCAUCCAGCGCAAUGUCUGGGCGGUGCAAACGGUGUCGUCGACCUUUGCUUGGCCGGCGAACGUAGCAGAGGUCGGCGCAAGAUUCCCAGGCUCGUCGGUUCGUGUCGUCCGUGCAACCAGCAACGACACACACCUGCCAAGAGCAGUGCUGCCUCUCCCCAACGACCUGGGCACAGAAGUGCGCGUCGGAAGAGGCCGCGGCAGUGUCGAGCUCGUAGUUGAAGUCGUGAGCGGCGACGCCGUGGCCGUGCCAUCCUUUAGCCACGGCAAGGGCGACUUGCUUGUUGAGCUCGUGGGAAGCGAGUGGGAUAACCUGCUGAGCUCUGUCGCGGCGACGAAUCUGGAGAAGGUAUCUGACCGCGCGUACCGCGGCAGCCUUGAGGUGCCCGGAUCGAUCCAGCUGGUCAAACCAUCACCAACAGAGCCCAUGCCCAGCGCGCCGUCGACGACGACGACGACAACGACGGCGACUACAACUUGGCGUAGUAGAAUCGUGUCUUGGAGCAUGCUCUUCAAGCUCAUCAUCUUCUUCUUCAUGAUAUCUACGGCCAUGGAGGUCCAACGCUUGCGCGCCGAUCUGGCUUUCUUCGCAGACGAGGCGCGCGACCUGCGUUUGUAUGGCUUCCCUCGUGCCGCCGACGCCGACACCGACAACCCCACGGGUACCUUCCGGGAUAUCUGGGAGGAGCCUGGAGGAGUCCCCGAGCCGCCAAUCUGGGACAAGGUGCUAAUCCCUGUCCGCCCCGACCCACCUAUAGGCACGGCUAAUGUCGAGUCACCAGCAGCCAGUCCUUCUCCUGCGCAACCUUCCCCAGUAUUGCAGGAAUCGUCUACUACCAUUGUACCGCCUGCGACAGCGUCGCCGUACCCCAUGGCGCGUGUGGUCAAGGCUACUUGGGGCGCGUGGUCGAAGCAUCCUGCGUGA